UCUCUUAUCCCCUCGCAACAAGAGGUCCCUUCGCUGCGCGUUUCACCUCCUUCCGUCCCUCCCUCCUUCCCCCAUCUUUUCCAAACUCUACGCUCCAUAUUCAAUUCCUUGCCCCUCUCUCUCGUUUCCUUUCUGGUAAUUUGGGAACAUCGACUUGCGGAAUGAAACUCUUCGGCAUCGGUGUCCCCUUCUGGUCUCCAAUUUCAUCUUGAAGGCGAGAUCUCGGGAGGGAAUGGUGCAAGUGGACUCGCGAGAUCUCUGAAUCCGUCCAAGCCAGGGGCUGGCUGAGUUGCAGCGGGAUGGGUUGGGCUUCGCUUUGGUCCGAUGAGGAUCGGCAGAUGGCGGUGGCGGUGCUCGGCCGCCAGGGCUUCGAUUACCUCAACGCCCACCAGGAAUCCUCCUCCGAUGGACACCUAACCGCCGUCGGCGGCAGCGACGCUGACCUCCAGAACAACCUCCAGGACGUCGUCGAGGGCCAGACGUCCACCUGGGCCUACGCCAUAUUCUGGCAGAUCUCGCGGUCCGAGUCCGGGGACUUCGUCCUCGGCUGGGGCGACGGCUACUGCCGCGAUCUCGGGGACUGGGAGGAGGAAGGCGGCGGCGGCGCCCGGAGCCACCCGAUCGACGCCGCCCACCAGAAGAUGCGGAAGCGGGUGCUCGAGAGGCUCCACGCGCUCUCCGGCGGCUCUGACGACGAGAAUUACGCGCUGCGGCUUGACCGCAUCACCGACGUGGAGAUGUACUUCCUGGCGUCCAUGUACUUCUCGUUCCCUAAAGGGGAGAACCCCCCGGGGAUGGCUCUCGCUUCGGGGAAGCACAUAUGGAUAUCGGAGGUGGGGCUGACAUCACCGGCGUGUGGCAAUUACUGCGUCCGGGCGUUCCUUGCGAGGUCGGCUGGCUUUCUGACGAUCGUCUUCUUGCCGUUCGAUGCGGGCGUGCUCGAACUGGGUUCAGUGGAUCCCGUGCCGGAGAGCUUCGAGGCGGUGCAGAGGAUUAGGGCCAUCUUUGGUCGAGGCCUCGAUAAGAAGGCGGCGGCGGCAGCAGCAGUCGAUAAGAUAGGUGAGAACAAUGACCCCGUUUUGGCUUCGCGCUUCGGGGCCGGCGCCUACAUAGCGGAGUAUCCUAGGAUCUUUGGGAGCGAUUUGAAUCUUGGGCACGCUCAACUUAACGGUGGAGCAGCGUCCAUCGUGAAAGCGGAGAAGAAGCGGUUGGAGAUGAACGCGAAGCGUGGGGAUCACCACCAGAAGAAUCCGCCGGCGGAUGGUGGGACGACGCUUCAAUGGAACCAGAAUCACAUCGUAAAUGCUCACCAGAAGAAAUUUGCUAACGGUGCAGCAUACGUUGGACAUGCGAGAGGGGUCGUCGGGGAAAAUCCUCCUAGGCCGGCAAAUAGGUUCCGGCCUCAGGAGCAGCCGCCGCAGCGCCAGCAGCUGAAAUCGCUGCCGCCGUCUGGGCAAAUUGAUUUCAGCACAGAUGGGCCGAAUCCUGCUUCCGCUGGCGUCUUGGUUGGUCAUUUGGGUGGGUUGGAUUCGGAGCUCUCGGACUUGGAGGUCCCGUGCAAAGAAGAGAAACCGAGCAAGACGGAAGAGCGGAGGCCGCGAAAGAGGGGCCGAAAGCCGGCCAACGGCAGGGAGGAGCCGCUCAACCACGUGGAAGCCGAGCGCCAGAGGAGGGAGAAGCUCAACCAGAGGUUCUACGCCCUGAGGGCCGUGGUGCCCAACAUCUCGAAGAUGGACAAGGCCUCCCUGCUCGGCGAUGCCAUAUCCUACAUCACAGAGCUCCAGAAGAGGCUCAAGGAGAUGGAGGCGGAGAGGGAGAUGUGUGGUGACUCAUCAUCCUUGAUGGAUUGCAAGCCGAAAUCGCAUUACCCUGAGAUCGACGUCCAGGCAGCACAGGACGAGGUCAUCGUUCGUGUGAGCUGCUCAUCGGAGACGCACCCUAUCUCCAAGGUCAUCCAAGCUUUCCGGGAAUCGCAGGUGAACGUGGUGGACUCAACGGUCGCCGCAAGCAAUGACAGUGUGCUGCACACGUUCGUGGUGAAGUCGCCGGGCACGGAGCAGCUCACCAAGGAGAAGCUAAUCACCGCUCUGACUCAUGACGGCGCCCGCAUGCCCCCCUCUGAUCGAUAAGUAGCGUUGGCAAUCAACUCAUCUAAUGGUGGGUGGUUAUUUCAUCUUCUUCUCGACCCUUGCAAUUUAUCUGACUUCUCGAAUGUAUUGCCUGCUUGAUUACGUACGGUGUGGCCUUCUUAAUUCAAGAGAUAGAUAUCCAACAUUUUAGAUUGGGAAAA